AUGAAGGUCUCUACCAAAUUAACUAAAUUUCAUAGUGUUUCAGCACCUGUUAAAAUGAAGUCUUUAGUUUUUAUACUAUUUUGUGCUACUACAACCAUUCACGGUUCCGUUCUGCCUGAACGUCAAGUUUGCCACAAAAAUGGAAAUGAAAUUACGAUUGGUGGGAUCUUCAUUGAUAAAAGCAAAGGUGUUUGUAGAACAUAUUACUGUAUAGAAGGAAAUCCACCUCACCUCGAUUUUGCCAGUGGUUCAUUACAGUGCAGCGAUGAAGGAAGGUGCUAUGAAAGAAAUACAGAAUUGAGAAAGAAUAACUGUGUAACAUGGAAGUGUUCCGAAGAACAAAAUGGAUGGGAAAUUACUUCAGGGUGUGCUGUAGAGGAAACUUGUCUACACGAUAGAGAAAGUGUUAUGAAAUUUGAUGGUACGAUGUGUACAUGUUCUCGUGGUAUUUUACAUUGCAUUUAA